GUUGCCAGCGUGACGUAUAAUCUAGUGGACGGUUCUUCAGAAACAGCUCGUCAAACACCUCGGUUGCUUGCUAACCAACAUAGCCGAACGAUUCAAGCUAUUUAUUCGUUUUAGGUGUAUAUUAACUACUGUGUUUUAGACACUGUUGUAUCUACUUGUUAACCUAUUUAAUUUAAUAUUACGUUAUGAGUCAGCUAUAGUAGCUUAGCACGAGCCUAGUCGCUAAUGAUAGAUAGCUAGCUAACAUCCCCGACCAUGAGCUCCCUAAACUACUCCCCUCCUGUUAAAGAAGAGGAGGUCUGCUGGACGGAGAAUCUCUGGGGCUGAACAUUGUUGUGAAAGAGGAGAAGGAAGAACAUGAUGUUACAGUAAAACAAGAAGAGGAAGAUUUGGUUUUGAUUUAAACAUACUUAUGUGGAAACAACUAGCUACCCCAUUUAAUUUAAGAUUUACGUUGUAAGUCAACGAGCUGGCUGGUUAAGUUAGCACUAGUCUAGUCACCAAUGCUAACUAGCUAUUAUCCCCGACCAUGAGUUCACUAAGCUACUCUCCUCCUGCUGAAGAAGAGGGGGUCUGCUGGACGGAGAAAGAAGCUCUCGUCAAUGAGGAGGCAAAGAGAAAUAUGUUUACAAUGCAAAAACAAGUAGAGGGUGAGGCUGUUACAGUGAAAGAAGAGGAAGCUUUCAGAGUGAAAGAGGAGGAGGAUGUUACUGUAAAAGAAAAGAAGGAAUAUGCAGUUUUUGGAGUGGAGGAUGAAGUGAAAGUAGAUGAAGACGUUUUUGGAAUGAAGGAUGAGGAGGGGGAGAUUACUGUCACAUUAGAGGAGGAUGAAGAAGAGAAGACUGGAGAACUGAUUAACACCAGUAAAUACAGAGAGAUAAGGGACUAUCGUGGAUCCUCUGGGGAUCCUCAACAACAUCAUGAUGCUGACGAGGCAGAGAAGAGUCUCUCCAGAUUGAAACACCUGCAGAGACGCAAAGGGAUGACAUCUCACCACUGUUCUGACUGUGGGAAGAGUUACUCAAGAUCAGAUUCACUUAAACUACAUAAGAGAAUACACCAGCGGGGACACACAGGAGAGAAAUCUCACCACUGUUUUGACUGUGGGAAGAGUUACUUAAAAUCAGAUUCACUUAAACUACACCUGAGAAUACACACUGGAGAGAAUCUUCACUGCUGCUCUGACUGUGGGAAGAGAUUCACCUCUUCAGUAGACCUUAAAAUACAUCAGAGAAUUCACACUGGAGAGAAACCUUUUGGGUGUGAUCAAUGUGGGAAGAGUUUUACUCAGUCAAGCAACUUGAAAUCACACCAGCGAAUACACACUGGAGAGAAACCUUAUGGCUGUGAUCAAUGUGGGAAGAGUUUUACUCAGUCAAGCGGCCUGAUAUCACACCAGAUAACACACACAGGAGUGAAACCAUAUAGCUGUACUCAAUGUGGGAAGAGUUUUACUCAAGUCAAACAGCCUGCUAUAACACCAGCGGACACACACAUGAGAGAAACCUUAUGGUUAUGAUCAAUGUGAUAAGGGAUACUCUGAUAAAAUAUAUCUAAUCAAACAUCAUGAAAUACAUACAUGAAGGAGAUGUUUCACGAUAUCAAUUAAAUAUUGUCACAAUGUAGAAUGUUUUAACAUUGUUGAAGCAGUAUUUUAAUGAUGUCUCGAUGUAGAACCCUAAAUGUUUUCCCCCUGUUGAAUUUGAUAAAUUGAUUUCAGCAUGAUAUGGAUUUUAGCCUCAGGGGAAAAAUCCAGGCUCUGAAUUGAAAGAGUAUUAUUUAUGUGAUUUAACAAAACUGUACUAACAAAAAAAGAGUUGUGUUACACUUACCACAUUGGUGACCCUCUUUAAUCAAAAUGCAACACUUCAAAAUGUAGCGCGCUGUUUACAUCUAUUACUAUUUAUGUAAAUUAACAAAAAGUGACACAAAAAAAGAGCAGAUGUGAUGUUUGUAUGAUGUUGUCGUGUUUUGUUUAUAAAAUUAAAUGUAAAUAUUUUCAGGUCUUUUUUCAAUGACUUGAUGAAUUAAUUUCAACGUACUUGUAGCCUAUUCACAAUCCUACAUCACUCCAGUAUUUCUUUACAACAUUCAAAUGCUAAUUGUCUUUAUUCCACUACUGAAGAAGCAUGACACAAAUCACCUCAUAUUUCAAAUUUUCAGCCUGACAAAGAUACGUUUUAAUAUUCCAUGCCUCACCAAUCACAUUUGCUUUUGAUAUCUCAUAUUUAUGUAACAUUUAGUUUGACUUUAGUUUUUUGGUUCUCAAUGGAGAACGUAACAAACAAUGGAAUUAAACAAACUUAUAUUUUGUGUUGGAUGUUGCAUCUAAUAUUUCAAUCAAUUACAUUUCCUUAAAAUGCUCAGUCUUUCAGUUAAGUUUGUUUGUUGUGUACUAAAUAUUUCAGUUUAUUUUUGUUUUUUUCCUGUGAAGCCAUUGUGUUGCAUCCAUGUCUGAAAUGUACUAUAUAAAUAAAGCUUGAUUUGAUCAUAUUGCAAAA